GCCCCUCCCGCAACGCUCAAGCCCGGGGUCCCCGCCGGCUUGCCUACCCGCCAUGGCCGACAAGGAAGCAGCCUUUGAUGACGCAGUAGAAGAACGUGUGAUCAACGAAGAAUACAGAAUAUGGAAAAAGAACACCCCUUUUCUUUACGAUUUGGUGAUGACCCAUGCUCUGGAGUGGCCUAGCCUAACUGCACAGUGGCUUCCAGAUGUAACCAGACCAGAAGGGAAAGAUUUCAGUAUUCAUCGACUUGUUCUGGGGACACACACGUCGGAUGACCAAAACCACCUUGUGAUAGCCAGCAUGCAGCUCCCUAACGAUGAUGCUCAGUUUGAUGCUUCACACUACGACAGUGAAAAAGGAGAAUUUGGAGGUUUUGGCUCGGUUAGUGGAAAAAUUGAAAUAGAAAUCAAGAUCAACCAUGAAGGACAGGUAAACAGGGCACGCUAUAUGCCCCAGAACCCUUGCAUCAUUGCAACAAAGACUCCAUCCAGUGAUGUUCUUGUUUUUGACUAUACAAAACAUCCUUCUAAACCAGACCCUUCUGGAGAGUGCAACCCAGACCUGCGUCUCCGUGGACAUCAGAAGGAAGGCUAUGGGCUUUCUUGGAACCCAAAUCUCAGUGGGCACUUACUGAGUGCUUCAGAUGACCACACCAUCUGCCUGUGGGACAUAAGUGCUGUUCCAAAGGAAGGGAAAGUUGUGGAUGCGAAGACCAUCUUCACAGAGCACACGGCAGUAGUAAAGGAUGUCUCCUGGCAUCUGCUCCAUGAGUCCCUCUUUGGGUCGGUUGCUGAUGAUCAGAAACUCAUGAUCUGGGAUACUCGUUCAAACAAUGCUUCCAAGCCAAGCCACUCAGUUGAUGCUCACACUCCUGAAGUGAACUGCCUUUCUUUCAAUCCUUAUAGUGAGUUCAUUCUUGCCACAGGAUCAGCUGACAAGACUGUUGCCCUGUGGGAUCUGAGAAAUCUGAAACUUAAGUUGCAUUCCUUUGAAUCACAUAAGGAUGAAAUAUUCCAGGUUCAGUGGUCGCCUCACAAUGAGACUAUUUUGGCUUCCAGUGGUACUGAUCGUAGACUGAAUGUCUGGGAUUUAAGUAAAAUUGGAGAGGAACAAUCCCCAGAAGAUGCAGAAGAUGGGCCACCAGAGUUGUUGUUUAUUCAUGGCGGUCACACUGCCAAGAUAUCUGAUUUCUCCUGGAAUCCCAACGAACCUUGGGUGAUUUGUUCUGUAUCAGAAGACAAUAUCAUGCAAGUGUGGCAAAUGGCUGAGAACAUUUAUAAUGAUGAAGACCCUGAAGGAAGUGUGGAUCCAGAAGGACAAGGAUCUUAGAUCAUGUCUGCACUUGUGAUUUUUAGACUCCCCUUUCCUUCCUCUCAACUCUGAGAUUGAUUUAACACUGGUGUUGAGACACCGACUUUGUUUGGUUAUCCCUCUAUAAUAAGUUCUAUCAACAAUGUUAUUAGUCCAAACAGAAGAUGUUCUCUAAAUAUUAACUGGGGGCUUCUUGAUUCAGCAAAGCCACAGACUUAUAUUUAAAUUUUCUUUAGGAAUUUUCUAGUAACAGAGGUCUAAAA